AUGUCAGAAGAAUGUUUGUUCUUACCUUCUACUUCUGAAUCUUCUUCUUCACUUCUGUCUGAAAUAUCAAAUGCCUCCACAAGAGCUUUUGUUCUUGCCUUCACUGUCGGUUCUUUCGGCGCCUUUGCCUUUGGUUGCAUCAUCGGAUAUUCGGCUCCUACACAGUCCAGUAUCAUGAAAGACUUGAAUCUCUCCAUAGCUGAUUAUUCACUUUUUGGAUCCAUAUUGACUGUGGGACUAAUCCUUGGAGCAUUAAUCUGUGGAAAACUAACAGAUUUAGUUGGCCGUGUCUACACAAUAUGGAUCACAAACAUUCUCUUCAUAAUUGGCUGGUGUGCUAUCGCAUUUGCCAAGGGUGUUUGGCUGCUCGAUCUUGGAAGGUUAUUGCAAGGGAUCUCGGUCGGAAUCAGCUCAUAUUUGGGACCGGUUUACAUCACCGAAAUAGCACCAAGAAACUUGCGAGGGGCUGCUUCUUCCAUGGCGCAGUUAUUCGCGGGCGUUGGUAUAUCAGUCUUCUAUGCAUUUGGGGCAGUAGUUUCCUGGCGCAAUUUAGCCAUUGUAGGAUCUAUACCUUCUCUAAUGGUUCUGCCUCUUCUUUUCUUCAUCCCCGAAUCUCCUAGAUGGCUAGCUAAAGUUGGGAGGGAAAAGGAGGUUGAGGCGGUUUUGUUAAGCUUGCGAGGAGCAAAAGCUGAUGUAUCUGAUGAAGCAACAGAGAUAUUAGAGUAUACAGAACACGUUAAACAACAACAAGAUAUCGAUGGACGGGACUUCUUCAAGUUGCUUCAGCGAAAAUACGCCUUUUCACUUACUAUUGGAGUUGUUCUUAUAGCUCUACCUCAGCUUGGAGGUCUUAAUGGUUAUUCUUUUUACACUGACACCAUUUUCACCUCUACCGGUGUAUCCAGUGACUUUGGAUUCAUAUCGACGUCUGUUGUCCAGAUGUUAGGAGGCAUUUUAGGUACCGUACUUAUUGAUGUAUCCGGGAGACGUAUGCUACUACUGGUUUCUCAAGCUGGAAUGUUCUUGGGUUGUCUCGCAACAGCCAUUUCGUAUUUCUUGCAGGAGAACCGUUGUUGGGAAACAGGAACACCUAUCUUGGCUCUCAUUAGUGUUAUGGUGUAUUUUGGAUCAUACGGAUUAGGAAUGGGAGCAAUACCAUGGAUCAUAGCAUCAGAGAUUUAUCCAGUAGACGUGAAGGGAGCAGCGGGAACAAUGUGUAACUUGGUCAGCUCUAUAAGCUCAUUGCUCGUUGCUUAUUCCUUCAAUUUAUUGCUUCAAUGGAGUUCAACAGGAACAUUUUUGAUAUUUUCCGCAGUGAGCGGCCUUGGAUUUGUGUUCAUAGCCAAGCUUGUUCCUGAGACCAAAGGCAAAUCUUUAGAAGAAAUUCAAUCUCUUUUGACUAAUUUUCGUACUCAGGAUUCUACAAUUUUCUAAAAUUCCGCCUGAAAAUAAAAUCAAAUUUCUAGCUUUUAAUCCUUAACCUGAAUACCUGA